CAAAAAAAUUAAAGAUGAAAAAAAAAUUAAAAAAGAAGAGGAAGAGUACAAUAAAAUAAUCAAAAAAAUAAAUAAUGAAGCAAUGAAUAAGACAGAGGAAGAAAUUAUUCAAAAUGAAGAAAGAUUAAAGAGACUAUGUGACAAAGCAAAAGAGCUAAAUGAAGAAAUAGAUGAAGCAAAAAAGUUAAAAGCUGAAGCUCAUGAUGUAAAAGAAACAUUAAAAUUACGAACAGAGAAUGUUAAAAGAAUAUUAAAAGAAGCUACAGAGAAAGAUACAAUAGAAAGAAUACAAGCUGAAGUAAGAGAGUUUAAAAUAAAAAGGAGUAAACAAUGGGAUGAAUAUUACAUGAAGAUAGCCUGUUUAGCUGCUUUAAGAAGUAAAGAUCCAAGCACACCAGUUGGUGCUUGUAUUGUCGACACUAAAUCUUAUCAAAUAGUUGGGAUUGGAUACAACUCAAUGCCUUCAGUUAAAGGAAGAAGUAAUAAUGACAAAAUUUUUUCAUGGAAAGGAUUAUCAGAGAAUGCAAGCCAAAAACUAAAAGAAAAAAAAGACAAAGAUUCAAAACUCAAAUAUCCUUUUGUUGUUCAUGCAGCCGUUAAUGCUAUUACAAAUAGGACCAAAGAUAAACUUGAUGGUUGUACAAUAUACGUAACACUAAAACCUGAUGAAGAUUGUGCUCGUGCAAUACAACUAGCUGGAAUAAAAGAAGUAGUUUACUGCAUGGUCACAAGAAAAGAGGAAAGAGAAAAAGAAUCAGACAUAAAGACAGCAGAGACAUUUUUUGGAGCUAAUACAAUUGAAACAAGAAAGCUGCCAAUAUCAAAUAAAGAUGGAGUGGCAAAAAAACUUAAUGACAGAAUAGAAGAGGCAAAGGAGUUACACAGAAAACAACACCUCAAGCAGCAAGGAGUUGAACAAGAAAGAGAAACCAAGCAAGGAGAAUCAGAAGGAGAACCAAAGCAAGAAGGAGAACCAGAAGAGUCAGAGCAAGAAGGAGAAACCGAGCAGCAAAAGACCAAGCAAAAAGAAGCAGAGAAAGAGUUUGAUGAUAUUAAUAUGCCAUAUAAAAAUGCCAUAACAUGGGAAGAAUUCUUCAUGGGAAUAGCAAUACUGUCAAGAAAAAAACCAAGACAAUAUGAUAGAAAACCAGAAGAUGCAGUAGGAGCAUGCAUAGUGUCACCUAGCAACCAAGUAAUGGCAGUUGGAUACAGUGGAUACCCUGAAGAUAUGAAACUCCAAGACAUUUUACAGGAAGAAGAUCAGAGAGGAUAUAUUGCACAUGCUGAAUACAAGGCAAUAAUAGGAGGACCAAUAGUUAGAGGAUGUACACUAUAUGUCACUUCAUAUCCGUGCAAUGUAUGUGCUAAACUUAUAGUACAAUCUGGCAUCAGUGAAAUAGUGUAUGAUAAAGAUGCAGGAGACAUAAAUGCUAGGAAAAUAUUAAGAUGUUGUCUUACAAGGGAGUGUGAGGUUAGAAAAGAGUUUAAAGAAAUUUUGUACAAGUGAUUAUACAAGAGAAAACAGCUUACUAUAGAAUUAAAAUCUAUAAUUAGUAAUUACAAUAAUUAAAAAAUUUAUAACUAG